AGCCGAGCGCGUGUUCUGUCCGAUGUUCUCUUGCUCCAGUUCCGAAUGUUUACGAUACUUACGGAUUAUUAUAAAGUACACAAUUUAUAUUCCCAAGGCAUCUAAUUUGAUUCUUUAAAAUAUGGGAGACUGUCCGACACCAAAAAAACGACGUAAAAGCAACGCUAAUAGUCAACCGCAAGACAGUUUGAGAAAAGAAGCUCAAAAUGGAACUGGCGACUCCUUCAUUGACGCAAAUGAGAAUAAACGGGCUCGUCCGAAGCAUAUGCCUAAGUUUAGGCUAAAAACCGCAGGUGAGACCUCUUCUUUGUCAACUACUAGUAGCGAAAGAAUCCCGUUAACCCUCACUGAUAUACAGUACGUGUUACUGCAUUCAUUGCUGGGGAACCUGAACUUAGCGCAACCACCUCGGUGGUAUGUGCUUGACAAAUGCAAUAAUAUCAAGCAAACUACAUGUGUCGUGCUGGAGGGCAUUUCUAUACAGCAUUGGAAUAAAUUACAAGAUAAAUUCCCUAAGACUAGAAAAAUCUUUGAAGAUUAUGUGGAAGUCUUAACACCAUCGGUGUAUGGAGGUUCUCUGGUCCAAGAGCUUGCAUUAGUACCUCUAUCAGAAAAUGAAAAAGAAAUUCUGAUUCAAAAGUAUGGAAGUAUGAACUUGGCUCUUGAAGCAAGAAAGGAUUUGAUGAUCAUGAUGAGAGCAGUAUUUCCCAUCACGGGGGAUGUCAAUGAGUCGCUUGAAAUCAGUUCAGAAGAUAAAUUUCCAAGAACACAAUUAUUGCUGUCUGCAUGGCAACUGAUAGAGGAAUCGUUCCCAGUCCCAUUAAAAGGCAAGCUGGAGAGUGCUUACUCAGAUUAUGUCAUGACAAAAGAUAAAUACAUGCCAGUUACAGAUAAAUCCCCCAUGUUUGGUCUAGAUUGUGAAAUGUGCAUUACCAAUGCAGGCUCUGAGCUGACUCGAGUGUCAUUAGUAGAUGAAAAACACAAUAUGAUCUAUGAUUCUCUUGUAAAGCCGUAUAAUGAUAUUACAGACUACUUAACAAGAUUCUCUGGGAUAACAAAGAGUCUAUUGAGUGAUGUGACCAAGCGUCUUGAAGAUGUCCAAAAAGAAAUCAGAGAGCUGUUGCCCCCAGACGCAAUAUUAGUAGGACAAUCCUUAAACUUAGAUUUACAUGCUUUGAGGAUGAUGCAUCCAUAUGUAAUAGAUACUAGUGUAAUCUUUAAUUUUACUGGAGAAAGAACUCGCAAACCUAAGCUCAAAGCAUUAGCAAGAGAAUUUUUGAAACUGGAUAUCCAAUCAAGCAAAAAUGGCCAUUGUUCUGUAGAAGACUCACUGGCAGCACUCAAACUAGUACAACUUAAAUUAAGUAAUAGCAUAGAAUUUGGAGAUGCUGUGCAUACCAACAGGGAAAAAUACAAAGAGAACUAUAAACUCAAAAUUGCUAAAGAAUAUGCUUUAUCAAUAUUUAACCAUAUGAUAGAGCAAAAGAAAACUUCUUUAGUUGUUGGCUGUGACAACAUUACUGGUGAUUAUCACACAUACCUGACCCAAGCUAAAGAAAGCUUGAGUUCUCAACUAAAGAAAGUGAAACCAAAAAGGGUUAAACUGAAAACUGUUGAUGGGGUUGAUGAAGUAAUUUCAACAUUAGCUGAAUCCGUGAAGGAGUAUAACUUUUCUAUGGCACAUUUGAAACUAGAGAUUGAUAGUGAAAAUGAGAGUAAACAAAUGGAGCAAAUAGAUACCUGGAUACAAACCGUGUGGAGCAGCCUGCCGCAUGCUGCACUGUGUGCUAUCAUGUUUGGUGGAACCACUGAUGAUAAUGGACUUGCUAUGGUAAAGAUCAAAAGUAGUUUAUAGCUUGCCUAAUAUUAGUUAGUUAAGUCUAAUGAACGUAAUAUGAUUUAUCAAUGAAUGUUAUAUUGUACCAAAAUGUGGUAUUUGGUAUUAAAACAUUUGAAUAAUUCAA